AUGAAUGAUAUUUGUUACCCCAAUAAUUGUAGUAUUACCUAUAUCAAUAGUAAUGGUGUUAUAAGCACAAGAGAUAUUAAUGAGUACCAUAUUGAAGAGAUAAAUGAAAAUAUAAAUGAUCACAAUAAUAAUAAUAAUAGUAAUAGUAAUUAUGUUUUUUGUGAAAAUGAUUUAGAUAAUAUUAAAAGCAUUGUUAUAAACUUGAAACCUUUUCAUAAAGAUUUUGAAGAUAAUAUACUAUUUCAGAUUAAAAAGAAAAAUGAAAAAUAUGCUUGUGAGUGGGUUGUAUUUAUAAAAACAUCAGUUGAAGAAAUUAAAAAUAAUAUUUCUAAUAAAUACACAUCAAAAGAUAUAGAUAUAAAUAAUAUUGAGGAAAAAAUAUUCCCAUGUAAAGAUAUUAAGGAAAUUAUGUUAAAGUAUGUUUAUUGUACUUCAUUUUUUGAUAAUUAUAUAUUGAGUAUAAAAAAUGAACUUGAGAAAUAUUCUUUUGAUACAAAUAUAUCUAUUGAUGAUUAUAUAAGAGUACCUAACAAUUUUUGUAAGGGUAAAUAUGAUAAUUUCUUAUCGUCAUAUAAAAAAAAUAAAGCAACCCAAGACAAUCAGGAUGUCUAUAAUGACAAUAAUAUUGUGUAUAAGAAUAUAGGUGAAAAUGAUAAUAAUAAAAUAAACGAAGUGAAUAAUAUGAAUAGUAAAAAUAAUAAUUUUAUAAAUAAUACAAUGAAUAUUAAAUGUAAUGGUAACAUAAAAGCUAGUCUUAGCAAUGAUUUUAAUUAUAAUAUAAAUGAUACAACUUAUAGGAAUACACAAGGUAAUAUUAUUAAUAAUAAUAAUAAUAAAAAUGAUCAUACGUAUAAUAAGAAUGGACACAAUUAUUCUUAUAAUACUAAUAAAUAUGAGUCGAAAUAUAAUAAAAUAAAAUCCUCAAAAAAUAUAGAUAAUGAUGCAGAUGAAGUUGAUUUUUUAGGUGAUAUUUUAUCAUUCAAAGGUUUUAAUGAAGAUACAAUAAAUUUAUCAAAUAAUUUAAAAAAUAAUAAAUAUGAUGGAUAUAAUAAUAAUAAUAAUAAUUAUAAUAAAUAUUAUAAUUAUAAAACAAAGAAUAAUUCUUUUAAAUCCGAUGUGAAUCAGAAUUAUUCUUUACCUUUAAAAAUAAAUAAAAAUUUGAAAAAAAAUUUUGAUAAUAAAAAGAUGAUUAGAAAUAUCAACCAAAAAGGGGAUGAUAAGGAAGCAUCAACGGGAAAUAAUACUAGUGAUGAUAAUGAUGAUGAUGAGGAUAAUAAUUAUUUUUAUUCUAAUAAAAAAACCGAAAGUGAUAUUAAAGUAUAUCAUAACGUAAGAAAGGAUUAUUAUAUAUUAAAUACUAAGAAUACUAAUUCGAACUUUUCGAAUUCUGAAAAUGAAAAUAUUAUGAGAAAAAAUUUAAUUCAAUUUUUAAAUGAAAAUCGUAAUAAGGUAAAAUCAUCUAAAAGCGAUUAUAGUGAAGAUAAUAAUAUAUCAAAUAAUCAAUAUAGUAAUAAAAGUAAAAAAAUUAAUCAAACAUAUAAUAAAAAUUUAUCCUAUAAUAACAAUAUGUCAUUUAAGGAAAAUAAAACAUUUGAUAAAAAUAAAUUAUAUAAUAAAAAUAUAUCAUUUAAGGAAAAAGUGUAUAAUAAUAGUGAUAAAAUUUUAUCAAAUAAUGUAUUUAAUUUUUAUCGAAAAAGAAAUUUUAGUAAUAAUGAUAUACAUGAUUUUAUUAAUAUGAACAAAGAUAAUAAUAAUAAUGAUAAUAAUAAUAAUAUAGAAACCAAUGUAAUGAAAAAUAUUCAGAAAGAUGUAUCAAUUCCUUUUUUUAGACGCUCAUUUUUACAUGAAAAUAUAAGUAAUCAAGAUGCUUUUCCAAAUACAUAUCUUGCAGAUUCUAAAGGCAAAUAUCCAUGGAAUGAUUUAUUAAAUGCUUCUAUUGAAACUUUACAAAAUGAUAAAUCAAUUAAUAAUACAAAUGUAAAAUCAAAGAAUAAUAAAAUUAUAAAACCAAAGAAUAUAAAUGAUGAAAAUGAACAUAUAGUUAAAACCUCUGUAAAUGGUUCUAGAAAAAAUAAUGAUCAAAAUAUAGAUGGUAAUAUAGAUAAUCAAUAUAUAAAUGGAAAAAUAUUGACACUAAGAAAUAACAAUCAUAUUGAUAAUAAUAUACAUAACAGAAAUAAUAGUAGUAAUAAAACAUUUGGUAAUAUGAUAUGUCAAAAAAAAGAGAAUUAUUUAUUAAAUAAUAAAAGAAAUGAUUUAUUUGAGAAUCAAAAAUUUUCAAUUAGUAAUACAAAUGAAAAGUCAAAAAUAAAUAUAAAUAAAGGAUCAGAUGUAUUCAGUAAGAAUAAAGAAAAAGAUGAUAAUAAAAAUAAUUUAGAAUCUCAUUAUGAAUAUAUAAGUAGUGAAAUUCUGAAAUUUAUGAUUAAAUAUAAUGAAAGUUCAAAAAAUUUUAAAAUGGAUAUAAAUGAUAUAGAUACAGAACUUUUAAGUACUAGCAUAAAACAGUUUGUUCGUAAUUUAACAGAAAAAGAAAUGAAUCAAUUGAUAUGCAACAAGGAUUAUAUAUUUUCAAAAAUUAUUAUGGAAAGUUUAGAAAACAACGAAGCCAACAAAAAUGACAAAAAUGUUACAUGUGAUAAUAAAAAUAUUACAAAUGAUAAAUAUAAUAUAGAUAAUAAUAAUAAUAAUAAUAAUAAAGACAUAAAAAAAAAUACAGAUCCUAUUCAUACCAAUGAUAAUAUAAAAAAUGAUUCACAAUUACGUAGUAGUAGUAAAAUCAUGUCCAAUUUUUAUAAAGACAGAAAUACAAAUGAUAUUGAUACGUCAUGUAUGAAUAAAUCAUCUGAAAAUAAUGCCAACAAUAUUUACAAAAAUGUUUCAAAAAAUAUGACUAAGGACCAAAUUUUCAAUAAUAGUCUUAAUAGUUCAUAUAACAAUAAUAUUAAUAAUAAUACAAACACUAAUAUAAACAGUAAUAUAAAUAAUAAUAGUGUAAAUAAUUGUAUAAAUAAUAAUGGAAAAAAUAAAAUGAGGUCUUUGAAAUUGUCAAAUGAUAAUGUCAGUAUGCUGUAUAAUUAUUAUUUGGAUAUAUGCAAAGAUAAUAAGUCACAAUUAGAAAAAAAUAUACAAGAUGAUAAUAAGAUCAAUGAAAAUGAUACAAAUGAAAACCUUACCGAAGGUGUAAAUGAAGUAAAUAAAAAAGAAGACAAUACACAUAUAAAUGAUACAAAUAAUAAUAAUAAAAAUAAUAAUAAUAGUAGUAGUAGUAAUAAUAACACUGAUAAGUUGGAAAAUAAAACAGAUGAUGCUGAUACAAUCUCUUCUCCAAAAAAAAAAAACUUUAAAGAACAAAUAAAUUAUUUUUUUAAUGAUUGCUUUAAAAAUUUUAAAAAUUUAAAUGAUAAAAUUAAAUACAAAAAAAAUAACGAAAAUGACUCUAUUGUGAAUAAUGAUAAGAAGGAAGAAAAUAAUUCUAACGUGAAUGAAAAAAAUAAAGAACAAAAUAUUGAUAAUAUAAUAAAUACUAGAAAAGGAUCAUUAGAGGGUAAUAUCUUAAAUGAAAACAUCUCGUGUAAUGAUAAAGAUGAUGAUAAUUUAGAAAAUGAAAAAAAGACACUUAACAAAUGCACAAGUGUAACAAACACCGAAUGUAGUAAUAUGAUAUUAAACCGUGAUAAAAAUAAUGAUAUCAUAAAAAAAAUGAGAACUAGUGAUAAUGCAGAAAGAAUGUCAUUUGAACAUUUUAAUGAUAAAAUAAAUAAUAUAAUUAAUAAAUAUGAAUAUAAACAAUGUCUGAAUAAAUAUGAAAGACAGUUAAUUAAAUUUGUACAGACUUUUAAGAAUAAUAAACAAGAUAAUAUGGCUUCACAAAUAAAUGAUGAUCAUCAUGAGAAAAAUAAUAUGAUAAAAUACAAAUAUGAUGAAGAACAUAUAUUAAAAGUAAUUUUAAAGAAUAUGAUGAGGGAAAAAUCAAAUAUGAAUAAUAAUAAUUCUUCUAGUAAUGAAUCGUUCUUUUCAUUUAGUAAUAGUAUUAAAGAUAUGGACGAUAAUGUUUAUGAAAAUGCUGAUGAUAGUGUAUAUGGCAAUAUCGAUAAUAGUAAUAAUAAUAAUAAUAAUAAUAAUAGUAAUAUGUUAUAUGGUGCUAAUAAUAUAUAUGAUUAUAGUAAUCAUGAUAGUAGUAGCGGCAGCUGUAUUAAAAUAUCGAGUGAUCAAAUGAUAAGAUAUACUAAUAAUAAAAUAAAAGAAAAAUAUUCAAAUCAAAAAAAUAUGUAUCCAAUUAAACAAUCUUGUAGUGAUAGUAAUCAUUAUAUAUUACAAAAACUUAUGAAAAAUAAAAGACAAAAAAGUUAUAAUAAUAAUGAAGCAAAUAAUUUCUCAGUUAAUGAUAUUUUAUAUGAUAAAGACUCAAAUAAUUUCCAAAAUAGUAUUAAUAUAUCAUAUAAUAAAUGUUUUCAUAAAAAUAUAAAAAAUAUAACUAAUUCGAUUACUAAAAAUUGUUGGAAUAAUAAUUAUAACAAUAAUAAUAAUAUUAGAUAUGGAAAAAGAAAUGAAACACUUGAAGAUAUAUCAAAUAAUACAUAUGGUACUCAUAAAAAAAAUGACAAUAUAUUAAUGUUAUCUCAUUCAAAGAAUACGUUAUACUCAUCUUCUAAUAAUCAGAAUAAUAAAGUACCUAUUAUAUGUGAUGAUAAUGAUGAUAAAAAUAAAUUAAAAAAUUCUUGUGUAGGAAAUAUGAUUAAAUCUAAGGAACUUAAAAAUAAUUUAAAAUAUCCAAUGAAUAUAUAUAAUAAAUUAUUUAAUAAGGAUAGACAAAAGAUAGAUAUAUCACCAGAACAAACAUUAAAUCUUGUUAAAAGUAUACAAAGAGAAAGUAUGUUAAAUAAGGUUAAAGAAAUUAAUUUAUUUAAUGAACGUAAUAACAAAAAGAUAGGAGAUACAUAUGAUAAUAAGAAUAAAUUAUCAAUAUGUGAUUUUAAUAAGGAUAGAAAUAUAAAUAAUGUUGAUAUAAGAAAAAAUGAUAUUUCUAAUAAUAUACAUUUUUUAAACAAUAAUGGGAAUGAUUUAAUUAAUAAAAAUAUGAAAUUUAAUAAUAAAAUGGAGAGACGUUUGGAUAUAUUUGAAAAAUUUCAAAUAAAGAAUAAGGAUAAAUAUUCACACAUUUUUAAUGUUCAUAUAGAUAACAAAAAAAAAUGUAGUAAUUAUAAUGAUUAUUUUAAAAUAUCACAUUUAUUUCAUUUUGAUGAUAUAUUAUCAAAUAAUAAUAUUACCAAUACUUUAAAUGCACAUAAUAUGGAAUAUAUAAAAAGUAAUAAUAUAAAAAAAGAGGGAGAAAAUUAUCUACUAGAAAAAUUUCUGAAUGAGGAUUUGAAGAUAUCUAAAAGGAAGAAAAAUGAAAAAACUCAAUUCAUGAUUGACAUUAAUAAUCUCAAUCAGAAUUAUAUUAAAGAAUUAUUAAUUCAAAAAAUGUAUUAUCAAAAGCAAUUUUAUAAUAAAAAUGAUUUCAUUUAUAAAUAUAAAGAAAAUGAUAUAUUAAAAGAUAAUAUAGAUUUAGAGGAAUGCAAAUAUGACACAUAUAAAAAUGAUGUAUAUAAUAAUAAUUCUUAUUCUUCAUAUAAUUCUUUAAAAAUUAAUUUAUUUUCUUUAUUUGAUGAUAUGUAUGACAACUUUUUUAUAGACAAUUAUCAAGAUCGUGAUAAAAUGCUCAACAUUUUAAGUAUCAAUAAAUCCUUAUGCUACAAUCAGUUGUCUAUAUUUUAUAAAAAGAAAAUAUUCUUUCAAUACAAAAAAGCAAAAUAUUUACAUAGUAAUUACAAUAUUAAUGAAUCAUAUAAUGCUUAUAAUUUAUAUAUAAGUCAAACUAUGAAACAACACGGAAACUAUUACAAUUCUGAUGUAAAUAAAAAUUUAUGUGAAAAUUUAAAUAUAUAUAAAAUAAAAAAUGAAAAUGUAAAUGAAAGUAAAUAUAAAAGUAAGGAUAACGAUAAAAAUAAAACACAAAAUUAUAUUAAAAAUAGUUAUAAUAAUAUUAAUAUUAAUAAUAUUGUCAAUAUUGAUAAUGACAUAUAUAGUCCUAACCAUAACGAACAAUAUAACGAAUUUAUGUUCAACCAUCAUAAUAAAUUGAAUGAUAAAAAAAAAAAAAACACUUUACCAUUAUCAUAUCAUAAUCAAUAUAUGGAUAAUAAAAUAGAAAAGAAUAUCAGAGAAAUAAAACAUAUCAAUAAAUAUUAUAUGAAAGAAGAAAUGAACUAUUUUAAGAAAGCCAUAAAAGAAAUGAAAAGGUUAAAAAGAAUUAUGUGUAAUAUUUUGAGAUCCCAAAGUAAUAAUUAUCUAAAUUUGAAUAUAGAUGAAAAGUUAUUAUAUAAUAUACAAAAUGAUGAAGAUCUAUCAUUUGAAUCGUAUUUAAAGGAUGAUAGUGAUGAUAUUGAUAUUGAUUUUUAUGGUUAUAGUCAUGGUUAUCGUCACGAUCAUGAUGAUGAUUAUAUCAUUAACCCGAAUGCAAAUAAUAAUUACAAUAUAUAUAAAACAAACCGUUUUGAUAAAAUCAGAGAAAAUGAUAAAUAUAAUUCUCAUCUCCAAAUUGAAAAAGAAAUAUUAAAUAAUACCAAUAAAUGUAACACAAAUAAAAAUUAUAAAAACUGCAAUAUAAUUGAUCAAGAUAAUGCCGAGAAAAUUAAUAUGAAUAAGAAUUACGGACUUAUGAAAAAAAAUGGCACAUCCUCAAAUAUGUUACCAUUAAUUAAUAGAAAAAAAGAUGAUGAUCAGAAAAAAUUCACUGAUCACAAUAAGGAUUAUAAUAGUGAUUAUUCUUUUGAUAGUGACAAUGCAAACAAGUUAAUAAAUAUAGUGUUCGAACAAAAAAACGAAAUGAAUAACACUGCAGUCAAAAUGGAUCAAAAUAAUGACAGCAUUACAAAUGAAAUACAUGAAGAAAUUAAAACAAAUAUAGAGGAUGAUAAAAAUAAACAAAUGGAUGAUAUUCAUAAUAUAUCAACAGAACCUUUAGGAACAUACGAAUUUGAGGUGAAUAUAAAAAAUGAUGAGGAGGAAUAUAACGAAACAUUUAAAUAUAUUUAUGAGAAAAUUAGUAAUAUAAGAAAUAAUAUGUGGAAUGAAGAUAUGGAUAUUAUACAAAAUAAUGAAAUGAAACAAAAAUUAUUAAUAUAUAAAUGUAGAAAUGAUAAUAAUUGUCAUAUUUAUGAACAAAAUAUAAAUAAUAAUGUAAAAAUUUUAGAUACUGAAAAAGAGGAAGAUAUAAAAGAUAAGGAGAAAAAUGAUGAUAUAAAUAAAGAACAAAAUGUUAAUGUAGAUAAUGAUAUAAAUAAAUGUAAUGAUGAUAUAUAUUAUUUUAAUAUAUAUACAAAUGUGUGGGAAAAUGUUGAUCUAAAUGUUAGUCAGAAAUUAUUAACAAGCUUAAAAAUGAAAAAGGAUAUUAUAAAAAAAUAUUAUAAAAAUGAUCAGGAAUAUGAAAAUUUUAUAACCUUUAGUGAAUGGAAUGCUUAUAAUUUAAUCAUAUCAAAAAUAUAUAAAGCUUUAGAUAUGAAAAAGUUUGAAUAUUAUCAGAGAAGAGUUUAUGAUACCGAUAUAUUUAAAACUGAUUUUAAAAAAAGAUGUGCAUAUGAUUUUGGAAUGAAAAUUAUAGGAAAACCACGUUCACGAAGAAAGACAAAAAGAUGGAAUAUUGAAGGGGACAAUAAAUUGUAUGAAGAUGAAGUAUAUUCAAAAAAUUCGGAUGACUAUUCGGAUUUUAAUUAUGAUGAAUAUGUUGAGGGAGAUGAAGAAGAAUAUUAUCAAAAUGAACAAGUUGAAAAUAAUAAAAAUAAUGUAAAUGAUGAAAAUAAUGAACAUGAAAAUGAACAGAAUAAAUAUGAUGCAGAUAAAGAACACCAAGAAAAUGGAGAUGACGUUGAGUUUGACGAUGAAGAUGAAGAUGAGGAUGAAGAUGAGGAUGAUGAUGAAGAUGAGGAUGACGAUGAAGAUUAUGAUGAUGAUGUAGAUGAUGAUGUUGAUGAAAAAUGUCAUUAUGAAGAACAUAUAGAGAACGAGGAAGAAAAAGAAAUAUCAGAAAAGAAGGAUCAGAAAAAAAGUACAUAUAUAAAAAAGGAAAAUCGUCAACAUAAAAAUGAUGGUGAUAAAAAUUAUAAUGAUCUUAUAUGUAAAAAAAAAAAUGCUAGUAUUGAAAAUUAUACCCUUGGUGAAGGUGAUUGUAAUAAAAUGAAAGAGUCAGAGGAUCUAAAAAUUACAUUAAGUUCAAUUGAAGAUGAAGAAAAAUUAGAAGAACGCGAACCAAAAAGAAGCGAACGUUUAUAUUUAAGAAGAAAAAGAACUAGCAGCAUAUUAAGUACAAAUUCAACUGAUAACAGUGUUAAUAAAAUUAUUACUAGACAAUAUAAAAAAUUAAAAGACAAUGAAAAAGCUGAGGAAGAUUUGAAAUGUGUUUACUUAGGAACACGAUCAAAUAAAACAAAUAAUAAUAGAAGAUCCAAUAUAUUUAAAAAACGAAUAAGUAGAAAAAAAAAUUCUAAUACUUUAACAUUUAAAAAACCACAUAUAUAUGAAUUAAUUCAAUUACCCGAUUAUGUAACACAUACCGAAUUGAUAAGUAGUAAGAAUGAGAGUCUUCCAACAUACAUAUUACAAUAUGAACAAUUAAGAAAAAAUGAAUGUGUAUAUUUCAAUAUACAAAAUCAUUACAAUAGUUUUGUUAAUAAUGUAUAUCAUUUUGCUAUAAGCUAUGAACAAUCACUCAAACAUAAUGAAUAUCUUAAUAAUGCAUUAAAUAAUAUAAAAUCAAGAUUUUAUAUUAAACGUUUAUGUCUUAAAAAUAAUAAAACAAUGGAAAAUAAUAAUAUAUAUGAUAUAUGUAGUACAUAUUAUAAUUAUCUAUAUACAUAUGAUCCAAAUAAUAAUACAUAUAUAUUGCAAACAUCUAAUAGAAACAACACAAUAGCAAGUAUAGAUAAAGGACUUAACUAUGAAGAAUAUUAUAGUAAUUAUGUAAAUGAUUAUUUACAAAGUCAAUUAUUAAAAAAGAAAAGAAAUAAGACAAAAAAUAAAGAAUAUAAUAAAUGUGCAUCAGAUAUAUUAUCUACAGAAAAUGAUUAUCCAUUAGAUAAUUCCAAUGAAUAUAUUGUUACAAGAAAAAUGUCAUCCAAAUAUUAUCAUAAUAAUUCAUUUUUAAAUGUAGAUUAUCUAGGUGUAAAAUCUAUUGAAUAUAAACAUAAUACAUCUAUAAUUAAUGAUAUGAAUUUUACAGAGAAAAAUAAUUAUGUUGAUUAUACUACAUCAUAUAUGGAUGGUAAUAAUGAAAUUGGUUGUAAUUAUAAUUAUGUCAAUUAUUAUAAUAAUAAAGAUGAUGAAAAUAAACAACAAAAUGAUAUAUCCUUCAGUGAAAAAACAUUAGAAGAGGGAGAUGAUGAAAUACAACAAUAG